GACUCUGGUGUUUUUAAUUCACGCGCGAGCUAGCCGAAGCUAGCUGGUAUUAGCUUGUCAAUGCGGUCGGUAGUGGCUAGCUGUUGUACCGUUAUCCGUCGAGAUACAUAAUGGAAUUGUACAGCACUGCUGUUCUGCCUCCCCAUUCUGAUUGUCUUGAGCCAACUGGCGACAGUCUAAAAUGAGGGAGGAGCUGACACUUGGUCAUGGAAGCCAAUAAAGGUAAAGGGGAUCAAGGGAUGCAAAAUCCAAGUGGGCAGGUGGACAGACCUGUCAGCUUCCACUUCUUGGAAAGCAUGCUUCCCAAAGCAGUGAAGAGGCGAGUGCAUGCCUUGAAAAGACUACAGGUGCAAUGUGCUAACAUAGAGGCUAAAUUCUAUGAGGAGGUUCAUGAGCUUGAGAGGAAGUAUGCUGCUCUCUAUCAGCCACUGUUUGACAAGAGACGAGGUAUCGUCACAGGAACAGUGGAACCCACAGACGAGGAGUGUGAGUGGCAGAGUGACAGAGACGAAGAGGAGGAGCUAGCUGAGGAAGUAAAGGAAAAAGCUGCUAUUGAGGAUGCAAAGAAAGAGGAAGCCACACCAGAGGAAGACCCAAAAGGCAUCCCUGAGUUUUGGCUCACUAUAUUCAAGAGUGUGGACAUGCUUAGUGACAUGCUGCAGGAGCAUGAUGAGCCCAUCCUAAAACACCUGAAAGAUAUUCAAGUCAAGUUUUCUGAGCCAGGAGAGCCAAUGAGUUUUACAUUAGAGUUCCACUUUGAGCCCAAUGGUUACUUCAACAAUGCAGUUCUCACUAAGGUCUACAAGAUGAAGUCAGAGCCUGAUCCCUCAGAUCCUUUCUCAUUUGAAGGACCAGAGAUCAUUGACUGUGAGGGCUGUCAGAUAGAUUGGCACAAGGGGAAGGACGUGACAGUGAAAACCAUUAAGAAGAAGCAGAAGCAUAAAGGGCGUGGCACGGUCCGCACUGUUACCAAACAGGUCCCCAAUGACUCCUUCUUCAACUUCUUUAAUCCUGUUAAAGCUCCACCAGAUGGAGAAAUGGAUGAAGACUCUGAGUUCACCCUAGCCACAGACUUUGAGAUUGGUCAUUUCUUCCGUGAAAGAAUAGUUCCCAGAGCAGUGCUGUAUUUCACUGGAGAGGCCCUGGAAGAUGACGAGAGCUUUGAAGAGGAGGAGCUGGAGGAGGGAGAAGAGGAGGAACAAGAUGAGGAAGGUGAUGACGAUGAUGAUGAGGGAGACUUUGAUCCCAAGAAAGAACAGCCCCAGCCGGCUGAGUGCAAACAGCAGUAACCUUGGUGAUCAGGGGAGGUGGAGACCUGCUGUCCAUCAAAUCAGUUGUUAACCAAUCAGCAAGUCCUACUACUUGUACAGGCUCCGCCUUUUUACAAACUCUUACCUGAACGCAAUAGAACGCAAACCAAACUGCGUUUUUUACUAUGUGCAUGACUUCUUUUUCUUUUGUCUUGCGCCCAUCUCGCCCCGUUUAUUUGGCUUCAUUUCAGCCCAAAGCAAGAAGUGACUUGACUCUAUGUAAAUUGCCAUGGCAUCAUAUAGGAACAGUUGUCUUUAAUAAUGUGGAGUAGGUUACUACUGCCAAACUCAGAGCAUUAUUAGAUGAAAGAGUUUAAAAAUAAGCAAAAAAGGAUUGGAUCCCAAACUUUAGUUUUCAUGGAAAUCGGUCAGUUACUCAGGGUUUUUUAAACACCAACACGAUGUGAGUUUACCAGGAAACUGCUGAACAAGUUUGACUUAAUCUUUCACUGGGGUUGUUAUCAUUUGUUUAGUGUUUUUUAAGAGACAUACAAUUUAAUUUACUUUUUUUAAAUGUUCAUUGUCAUGUCAUUGGACUAUUUAUUCUGGUGUCAUGCAGCUAUAUGAUACGGUGCAUUUUGGGGAACGCUUUAAGGCCCAUCUGCAGUUAUAGGCUCAAAGCUUAUUUGAGCAUAGCAGGUUAACAAAACGUGAAUACUGCCAAUUUUUUUUGUUUGUUUUGUUGUCGUUUACUUUUUGUUUUUUUUGCUUGUUUCUUAUUUUAAAAACAUGUUCAGACUGAAGAUUCAUGUUCUGCAUUGAUAGUGCUCUCUUCUGUUCGGAUGUAGUGGAGUAAACAAGCAUUUACACUGAGCACACUAACUACAAUCACGAGACAAGCACGUGGUUAUAUAUUUCCAUUUUCCUCAGUCACCCCUGAAAUGCUCCUUGCUCUUGUUUUAACAAGCUUGGUGAGAAUACUUUUUUAAAUUACAAUGUUUGACAUGAAAGGCAAAACUUGAAAGAAUCUUGAAUUUCCCCCAGCCCAGGCCUCACAUCCAGUCUGAAUAUUCUCCUCACAGAUGACAGAUUUAAGCAGUGGCCAACCCCUAGGCUUUUUGUGGCUGUUUUAUAAGAUAGCACUUCUGGUAUGUAUCUUGCGCUAAACAAGUGUCAUUUAGAGUCAGUGUUGGGACACAAAGUGUGGAUAAAAUGUAAAUUCUGUUGCCAAGAAGCCAAAAUGAAAGACGCUGUUCUGGUUCGUUAAAUUGUUUGCCAAUUGUCGUUAACACAGUGUAAUCUAAUUCAGCAUUUAAAGUUGUUUCAGAAUAUAUAAGUAUUUGUUAUUGUCUACUUAUUGAAUCGGUAGAAAGUGGGAAAACAAAUGGGAGAAGGUGCCAAUGUAUUUUAUAUACUUCACUGGGAUUUUGGCCAUUUGUUUUGGGCGCUUGUGCCUGAUGACUGAUCAUCAAAGGACUUGACAGCAAAAUAUUAUCCACCCCUCUCUCUCUCUUUUUAAAAAAAGAUUGUUGAUCUUGUUAGACAGAUCUCAGAGCCACGGUUGACGUCUUCAGAUCUACUGCAUUGGACCGUGUGCUAGCAAUGGCCUUAACUGGUUCUUAUUCACAAUUUGUUACUUGCGUAAUAUUUCUUUUCAAUUUGUACAGUUAGUUAAAAUAUUCUAUUAAAGUUGUGCGACAUGGAAAUGCAAA